CCAAAUAUGCAGCUACUGUCCCUCAAGUGGAAGCUAGUGGCUGCGAUUUCUCGGGGCGUGCUCAUGGCGAAGCUUCUGUAUCGCUUGAGUUUCAUCGAUGUAGAGUCCACGUCGAUGGUUCCAAUGCCACGUGUUCAGAGCUGCCCAAAUUUGGUCCAUCGUUGCGACUGGCCAGAUUGGCAGCGCCAAAUCCAGGUGAGGACCUUGUGUGAGCGCUCCGAGCACAUCGGUGACGAGACACAGGCGACUCUGAAGUUUCCACAGCCAGGUGCAUCGCAGGGCAGCCACGGACAUCCGGACCUUUGCCGUCGGCCAUGCAUUCUAUUUCUGCAUGGGAACUGUCAAGAGGGAGCCGACUGUGGCUUUUGCCAUGCUUCACAUCACCGGCGAGUGGCGACCUUUAACAGGCAUCAACGGAAAGUGCUGACCUCAUGGUCACACGUGAAGUUGCUUGAAGCUGUUCGUCCAUAUGUCCAAGACAAGGUGGAGGCGAUCAAUCAUCCAGGUGCAUCAGUACUUUUGGAGUUGAUUGAUCGUGAGCUGGCUAUUCGCGACCGCGACGACAGUGCCAGCGUGGGUGGAGUUCCUCGUGAGAUUCGCCAUACUAUUGCUGGUAUGAGUUUGUCAGGCUUGGUAGGCCUUGUCUGCUCGAAGAGCGUGACGAGCCCUUUUUCUCAGCUCUUGAGGAAGGCCAUGAUCGAUUUGCGUCAGCAGGUGGCAGGAUUUGAGCCUUAGCAAUUGAAUAGAACUCGUGUGGACACUCGGCACCCAGACGCGGGCGGUUUCAGGAUGCACCUGAGGUUGUGUCCGUUUUCAGGAUGCACCUGGGCCUGCGAUGGGGUGAGCCUUAGCAAUUAACAGAGGUUGCUUCGUGGCUCCAUUCAGUGUGAGGCGCGCGAGGUUUCUGCACGCGACGUGGGAAUGCAGCGGCGGAAGUGUGAGUUGUUUGGAAAACAUGCAGCGUGAAAGGUGUUGGACAUCUCAUAUGUGUUUUGAAAGAUAGACCCCUCAUAUACGAAGAACGCGAAAGAGUCUGGAAAACAACUCGUGUGGGCAUUCGAUACCCAGACAUGGGCGGUUUCAGGUUGCACCUGAGGCACCUGAGCCUGUGCCUGGCAGGAUGCUCGCCUAAGAGUUGUAUGCUCGCCGGCCACCCGCGAAAGGACAAGCCUCCGUUUUCGGGAGUGGUUGGCCGCGUUCCGCAGGUUGGAGGAGUAAAUUCUUCUUUGACUUUGAAGUUGUCCAAGCCGAGUUCGUUUCGUCGAUUCGCUUUUAGGCAGAUCGAGCUGCUUGCAGCUCGGAAGGAAGUAUGUGGAGGAGAAAUUUGCAGCUAUAGCCUUUACUUGGAUUGGUGAAGCCCCACUCUCCCACGGAAAGAAUACAACUCAGGUGGAAAGUGAACGGUGAAUCUAGUCCCUUUCGGAAACGAUCCGGCUUGGGGGUCAGGAAUUUCCUUCGCUCGCAAGAGACGCUGCUGAAAAUUUUGCUCGGAGAAUCUGUCCGAACAAGGUGCUCACAGUAGAGGCUGAGUACAGUUCUGUCUCAUUUUGUGCAGACCUGGUUCCUGGUUGGGCCGCCUCGUGC